AUGCCUGAACACACUCCAGCCCCGACACAUGCAAGGUCUUUAUAUGGAUUUUUCAUGUAUUUAUUUAGUAAAACAAUUUUGGGUAUCUAUUGUAUUUGGGCAUUUGUACCGGAUGAAUAUUUACAUUAUUUUAAUAUAUAUUAUUAUCCACAAAAGUAUUGGUCUACUGCAGUUCCAAUUCAGUGUCUUAUGGCAUUAACAUUAUUUGUCUUCAUUAUUUAUCCCAGUUCUAAUUUAAUAUUAACACCCAGCAUUGAUAGCAUUAACACAAUAUGUGAUCCUUAUUCUCGAACAACUAAUAAAAUAACUAUUACUGAGAGACAUUCUGUGAAUUGUGUGUGUCAUGAACUCAGUAAAUGUAAAAGAAAAUUUUAUAUAAGCUCAAUAAGCCCUGAGAAUACAGUACCACAAUUACAAGAUUUAAAUAUAAAAUCUGUAUGUAGAAAAUUGUAUCUUAAUAAGCAAAUUAAUUAA